GUUAUAGUUAUGGAUGAUUUUUUGGUCUCCGGAAAGAUGGCCGCUGGUUUGCUCUCUAGUGAUCACAGCUUAGCGCGGUGCUUGGGCAGAUGAGGAGGGGACAGGGAGAGCGGGAUCGCCUGUCAUUGGGUUCGGAGGCUUUGGCGCCAGAGUGGGCAGAUCGACUGCCAGUGCCGUUGGCUGAGGCCGGGGACGGGGCACCGGAGGCAGCGGCUGGGUGUGCGCUGUGACGGUGAGUAUAGAUGACUGGAGCUGCUUAAGUCCACUAUGCCAAAAAAAGAAAAACCUCCUUUGCCACGAUCAGAAUGCCUGUGUGGUAUCUGUCGGGAGAUUUUUCUGGAGCCAGUGACGCUGCCAUGCAAGCAUACCUUGUGCCACCCGUGCUUCAAGAUGACUGUGGAAAAAGCGAGCUUGUGUUGUCCUUUUUGCAGGAUGCGUGUCUCUACCUGGGCACGGCACAAUACCCGCUCAGGAACAUUGGUCAACCUAGAACUAUGGAAUGUGAUCCAAAGUCAGUACCCAGAGGACUGCAGACGCCGUGCCAGUGGACAGGAUACUGAAGAAGAUGAGUUUGAAGAUGAUUUGGCCUCAUGUCCGACUCGACUCUUAUGCAAACCUGGCGAAAUCCGGGAAGAGUAUGAGGCAGAAAUCAGCAAGAUUGAGGCUGAGCGGCUUAGGAGAGAAGAGGAAGAACGGAAGGCCAGUGAGGAUUAUAUCCAGAGGCUCCUGGCGGAGGAAGAGGAGGAACAGCGGUUGUGUCUAGAACACACACAGACAGAAUUAGAUGAGCAACUAAAGAGAGAUGAGGAGCUGGCUCGGAUGCUCAACAGUGAUCUGAAUGAGUCGGCUGCAUCUUCUGAACUUGUGUCUCCUGUGGGAUCCCCUGUAAUUCACAAGCGGACAGUCGCCUCCAAAUCCAAAAAUGUGAAAGGCAAACCCAAAUGGUCUGGUGAUAUUGAAAGGUUUCUGUUCCCCAAGCCUAUAACGUCCAUUGGUAUCCAAGGAUCCGAUCAAGCCAGGAAUACAGACGUUAUGAACAUCGGCUCCGGCAUGGAAAGUUCUACAUCUGUGUUUGGGGAUUCGGAUGAGGAUGCCAUGCCCACGCUCUCCCCUCAGUCUUUUUUCCCUGCUAGUGGCAGAUCAUUGCAAGCUUCUGAUUCAGAGCUGGAACUGCCUUGUCUUACUAAACUUUCUCAUACCAGCACAUACAGUGAUGGUUUGCAGACACCCAGAUCCUCAAGGUGCCAAGGAGAAGCAAGCAAGGCACAAAAUAAUGACCAGUUGAACACUGAUAUGGUGGACCUCUCUCCACUGAGGUCUUCCAGCACCAUGGAUGGCCAUUGUAAGAGGAGUUCUUCAGAGAACAACAAUUAUAUCACCAGUACACCACAGCAUUGCCUUACAGUAACACCUAAGAGACCUCUAAGUUCGUCAUUUGAGCUAGAUGAUCAUGGAACUGAAAAGAAGCAGAAGGUAAGUUGUUUAGAGGACAGUGCAAGUCCUGGAUUCCAUGCAGUAAAGUUGAUGGAACUGGAAGAGACUCUCAGUGAGCGGAGAAUGCAGGAGGAGCAGGACAGGCUACUGGCUGUAAAGUUGCAAAGGCUUUUGGACAAACAAGUGAAACAAGUGAGUAGACAAAAGGGUUCCCCAGAUGAGUACAAACUGCGGCCCAAAAGAACAGUACAGGAGCAAGAGCAUGUGGACCUUAAACCCUGUAAAAAGUCUCUACUUAAGGACAAUAUGGCUGAAACUGAAACAAGAAGCUCUGAUAGUGAGGAGACGUCCGAUGAAAAUAAGAAACCUGCUCCUAAAAAGCUUGUACAAUGCUGUAAAACUAGAGGAAUCAGGUCACCAUCGACUGCGGGGGUAAAAGUCCUGCGACAGAGUAAUAAACAGCAAACCAUACUGGACAUGUUUAAAAAAUCAGCCAGAAAGUGAUUAUUGCAAUCAUAAGUGAGUUACUAUGGUUUAAUAAAUGCUGCUAACAGCUACAGUGUUUUGGUUUUUGCAUUCAAAGUGUUAGUCUAAAUGGGUUUUCAAACAAACUACUAUAUUUUAAUCUUGUAUGAAUUAGGUGGUAAAGCACUGGAAGCAAUUUAUAACCUGUGAUUGCUACCCACCUAUAAUGCAAGCAAAACCAUAAACCCAUGACACACAAUUACUGCUUUAGAAUGUAUCUUUUGGGGAAGGUGUUGGGUCUCGCCCUUUAAAACAGUGAGCCUUUUUGCUGCUGAUAACUAUGGCAAAACGUAGUUUUCCUCCAACAUGAGUUGCAUGCUGCAUUGCCUUAGGGAUGCAUUUGUAUUAAGGGAAGUCCCUCCUAUACAGAGAUUUCCUGCCUUUUCAUUACACAGUUAUGAUUCAGAUGGCACAGUUUUGCAAACCUGUUUCAUGCAUGGGCAAUAAAUCAAAUCUAUUGCAAAGGUUUAAGUGGCUAAUGGUUUUUGUUUACCAUAGUAGUGGACACGAAAAGGUUUUGGGCUUUUUGUGGUUUUAUUUUUUUUUCCUCUUUAAAGUUUCAAAGGUUAUUCUUGGUUGACUGUUAUCAUUUUAAAAAUGAGCUGUCCUUUCCAUUUGUGUUCUAGGCGAGUUCUGUGGGAUGCUAUAAAUGCAAUAAAAUGUAAUUCACUCCUCCCACAA